UCAGACUGGUCUGCGAUCUGAUUGGCUCUCUACGACUUCAGGGUGGAAAGGCCGUAUGUCAUUGGUCAGGAGCUUCGGUCCACUGAGGAGGGAGCUAGGAAGUUUGUCUCAGCUGGAAGGAGCGGUGGUGGCGAAGGGAGACCCAGGGUAGGAGAUGCGAGCAGCGCUGCGCCUGGCAGUAGUGGCUUUCCCUAUGGGUGUGCUGCUGUCCCGGACCAUGGCCUGGAUGUCCAGCGGCAAAACACAUCCAGAGCUCAUCAGCAGGCUGAGGGAUCAUGGGGUGAUCCGCAGCGACAGAGUGUUUGAUGCCAUGCUGGCUACAGACAGAGGGCUCUACUCUAGUGACUAUCCUUAUGCAGACUCUCCUCAGUCCAUAGGCUACAGGGCAACCAUCAGUGCACCACACAUGCAUGCUCAUGCCUUAGAGCUGCUGAGUGACAAACUAAUAGAAGGGGCAUCAGCACUGGAUGUGGGUUCAGGAAGUGGAUACCUCACUGCCUGCUUUGCACGGAUGACAGGACCCAGCGGCAGAGUGGUUGGCAUUGAACACAUCGAUGAACUGGUUCAAAUGUCAAUAAAAAACGUACAAGCCGACGACCCAGAGCUGCUCUCCUCCGGACGUAUCAGACUUGUAGUGGGAGAUGGAAGGCAGGGCUUCCCAGAGGGAGCGCCAUACGAUGCAAUUCAUGUUGGUGCAGCUGCAGCUACUGUUCCCAAGGCCCUCUUGGAGCAGCUGAAGCCUGGCGGGCGGCUUGUUCUCCCAGUGGGCCCUGAUGGUGGCAGUCAGGUGUUAGAGCAGUAUGAUCGGCAGAGUGACGGGACCUUCCUCAAGAAAGCUUUGAUGGGAGUGGUUUACGUCCCCCUGACGGACAAGCGGCGUCAGUGGCCAGGAGGUGAGCUCUGACUGCAGUGUGGUUCCCCCUGCAGGAGGUGGCGUUGGUGCUGCAUCUCCGGUACCCCGUAAUGCUCCUUAUGGUUUCGCUGCGCUCCAGACUUAACAACCACCUGCCCCGCUGGGCUGUCACCUAGCAACCAAUGUAAAAGGAGGAUCUCGCUCUGUUUGCCUGACCAGAUUGUCUUCCAAGAGUGCUAUAAGAGUGAGUGACUGAAUGAGUGUCCACUGCUGGACUAAGGACCUUUCUACCAGAAAUCCAUGGAGUCAGUUAGAGACUGAUAAGGUUAUUGUGGAUGAGGUUUUAAUAAUUAACAUUAUUUAUGGGUAAGUCAGUGAGGUUCAGCAGUGACAAAAUUGCAACAGAGCUACAAUCUGUAUUCAAUUCAGAUGAAUGGAUAAUUGAUGAAAUUGUGUGUAAGUCUUAUAAGAAUGCUUUGGUUAUAAAUGCAGUACUAAAUGCAAAACUUAUUCUUACUUGAUUCAUAUACAGUGUGUGUAGGAUGUGUCCUGUUUGACAUUGUUACUGUAGAACAGAUGGGGCAUUGUGCCAAAAAUCAAUCAACUGAGGCAUUUAACUUUUUAAAACUAUACAAUCAUUGUAAUUAUGUGUGAUUUAUUAAUAAAACCCACUAUAUGGA